CUCUAGCUCUUGCCAUAUGACUGACACUCACUGGCAGCACAGACCCAGCUGCAGCCUCUGCACCAAAGCAGCAUUUAGGGAACCUACUACAAGGGGCAGCCAUGGACAACAAGUAUGAUGUGAUUGUCAUCGGUGGGGGAAUUUCAGGUCUCACAGCAGCUAAGUUACUUGUGGAGUCUGGACUUAACGUUAUUGUGUUGGAAGCUCGUGACAGGGUUGGUGGAAGAACCCAUACAAUAAGGAAAAAAGAAGUUCAGUAUGUGGAUGUUGGUGGUGCAUAUGUUGGGCCAACACAGAAUCGUAUACUGCGUGUAGCCAAGGAACUGGGUAUUAAGACCUAUAAAGUAAACAUAUCUCAGCGCUUCAUCCACCAUGUUAAGGGCAGGACCACUGCAUUUCAUGGCUCAUUUCCACCUGAUUGGAAUCCCUUUGUUCUUCUGGAUUAUAAUCAUUUGUGGCGUACUAUUGACGAAUGGGGGAAAGAGAUUCCUGAAGAUGCUCCAUGGAAGGCUCCUCAUGCUGCAGAGUGGGACAAAAUGACAAUGAAGGAAUUCAUAGAAAAAACAUGCUGGACAAAGAAAGCUAAAAAAUUUGCUCAGCUUUUUGUGAAUGUGAAUGUCACCUCGGAAACCCAGCAGGUGUCCUUACUCUGGUUCCUGUGGUAUAUAAAGCUUUGUGGUGGUACAUCAAGAAUUUUUUCUGUAACCAAUGGAGGCCAGGAGAGGAAGUUUGUUGGCGGUGCUGGCCAGAUAAGUGAGAAAUUAAUGGAACGUUUAAAAGGUCGAGUAAAGCUACAAAGCCCUGUGGUCAGACUUGAUCAGUCGGGUGACAGUGUUACAGUUGAAACCCUAGCACAUGAUUUAUAUCAGGCCAAGUAUGUAAUCAGUGCUAUACCACCUGGCCUCACUACAAAGAUUCACUUUAAUCCAGAGCUGCCACCAACAAGGAAUCAGUUAAUUCAACGCCUUCCAAUGGGUUCUGUUAUAAAAUGCAUGAUGUACUACAAAGAAGCAUUUUGGAGGAAAAUGGAUUAUUGUGGAGCAAUGUAUAUUGACAACGACAACGCACCAGUUGAGAUCACAUUAGAUGACACCAAGCCAGAUGGUUCAUUUCCAGCUAUUAUGGGUUUUAUUCUGUCCCGAAAAGCAACAGCACUAACACAUCUUAGCAAGGAAGAGAGGAAGAGGCGUAUAUGUGAAUACUAUGCCAAAGCCCUGGGUACAAAAGAAGCACUGAAUCCAGUGCACUAUGAAGAGAAAAACUGGUGUGAGGAACAGUAUUCUGGUGGCUGCUACACAGCGUAUUUCCCACCAGGCAUCAUGACCCAGUAUGGAAGUGUUAUUAGGCAGCCUGUUGGGAGGAUUUACUUUGCCGGCACAGAAACAGCUACACAGUGGAGUGGAUACAUGGAAGGUGCUGUUCAAGCAGGAGAGAGAGCUGCUAGAGAGGUAUUAUGCACGAUGGGCCACAUAUCAAAGGAAGAGAUAUGGAUGCCUGAGCCAGAAUCUGAGGACGUACCAGCACUGCCAUUUCCUACUACAUUUUUGGAAAGAAACUUGCCUUCUGCCCAAGGAUUUGCUCGAUUCCUCUGCUGUUCCACAUUUUUAGCUUCUGCUGCAGCUCUUGGGUUCUUGGCGUACAAAAAGGGUUUUAUUAUUAGAGUGUGAUUUACAGGCUGUAUAGUUUGCUUGUGUAAUGCUGGAUAAUUGUACCAUACCAACUAUAUACUCAAGUUAUUCACGUCUGACUGUAAUUUGUAUUGACUGUGAAUCUCAUUGUGGGUUUUUAUAAAGGCAUGUGCUGCAUAAAACUCCUGUGACCCCUUAGAUUUUUGCAGGUUGCAGGACAGGCUACUAAAGACUGAGCCUGAUCAGGUGCACUUUGGUAAUUUGUUUGCCACCUGCAGCAGGUAAAAUGCCAGUUAAAGAGCUUUUUUUGUCAGUAUUUUUAUGCGAAGCAUAGCAUGGUAGGGUAGGCCAAUAGGACUAUAUAUAACACUCCUUUUUAUCUCCCAAUAUUGCUUACUCACAUAUUACACCCAUUAUAUUUGGGUGAAGGUGUCUAAGGGGCUUAUCUGCCAUACUAAGCCAUAGCAGGCAGUAGGGAAAUUUUCAACACUGCUUAAUGGCUUAAGCAAAAACCCUAACAUUUUUCUGACAUGUAUUAUGCAGUUCAUCUAAAAUUACUCACUGCUGGACCAAAUGAAAUUACACUAGGUUAUUACUUCAACAGUUUUUCUAUAAACACAGGGGAGAUUAUAGUAAUGAUUAGAGUAGGCGCAGAUCUAUAAUGUUCUCCUGUGUGUUUUUUAUAUUAAACCAAACUGUAGGGGAGAUUUAGACAUCUUUCCCACAGCCACUGCUGGGCUGAUUAAUUUCCUGUGUGAUUGGUGCCCACUGCCCAUUUAUCAGCCUUUCACAAAGACUGCCAUGCAGUAGUCAUUCUAGCUAUGUCCCUAGGAAAUACUUGUCCACAUAUUUCUAAAAAUCACGCAGGAAAAUGAAAAUAUAGUUCUCGGCAAUGACACUUUCCAAACCUCUAAAAACACAUUUGCACUUAAUGCAAGCCUCAUUCCAAAUGGGAUUAUGUAUUUAAGUCUGGCAUUUAUCAGCAGUAUCAGGUAAUCUUUUUAUACUGCACUGCAUUCAGUGUACAACAGAGAAUUAGAAAAAUGUGGGUGUUUUGUCUGGAUUCUGUGCUCUCCUUAUCAAAAAGCACCAGUUAUGAUCAAAUAAAUGACUUAGUCCUCUACAACUAUCCACGUUUCCUCCCCUUACAUCAUUAGUGUCUUAAUCAAGACUAUUGCUUUUAUACUCUUGUGUUAAAAAUGUGCCUCUUUUAGGUCAAAUUUAUCUACAUUGUUAUGCCCUCAGGUAACUCCAAAUAAGCAGUGUCUCAGUAUGCUUAAACUUAGACAGAUGAGCAUUCUGUCUGCAGACCUUAGGGAGAUUUGGAAUCACUGGAAAAAAGAGAAGAAUUCUGGAAAAAACCAUGGCAAGAAGCAUCUGAGCCAUAAUGUCAUUUUUAAAAUUGUAUAUAUUUCUUUAGAAUAGAGCCAGUGGUUUGUCCUGAUUGCAAUUAGUGGUUAACAUCAGUAGCUGAACUUCAGUAAAUAUACCUGUCCUUUAAGUUCAACCUUUCGCACAGUUCCCAGACUAGGCUGGGUGUUAUUUUAUUAAACAUGAUAUUUUUGUUGAAUUUUCUUGUCCAGGUAUGGAACCCUGGAAGUACUGCCAGCUUGGAUGUGGUGGUAUUUCCAGGGUUACACUCGCAGUCGUGGCUACUGACUUAACAAGAAAAUGAUUAAGCAUUAUUAAUGCCAGGCACAUUGGUGUGGAAGUAUUGCGUCACCACCACUUUAGAAAUAUUAAUUGUGGGUAAAAAAACAUUAUUUAUGCUAUGCUCUGUGUUUGUAAAUGAGUAAACAGAGAUCAAUCUGUAUGCAGUUUUUAUGACUCGAACAUUUCCCAUGGAUGAAGGAAUUUGCUGUUUUAAAAUUCACAAAUUAGCCUAAAACAAGGAAAUACAUGAAGAAAAACUCAUUUGAUUUAUUGAUGCCAGGCCUUUAUUGCACAAAAUAAUUAUUGAUUCAGCCGGCAACUCAUCAUAGUGAUGCCUUUUCUGAUUUCUUUGUUUAAUUGAUGCCUGUGCCAUGUAUCCAUCCCCGGUUUUAAAAGCAGAUCCUCUCUGGUCUUGUUUCUGGUCUAAAUCCUUGUGACAAAUCAUGCACAUCGAAUAUCAUAUGAGCACUUUUACAAUUAACACCUUACUGGCCCAAACCCCACCCACCCUGACCCUGAUAUUACAGGCACAGCAUCUGUUAUUCAGAAUACCUGUGACCUAGAGUUUUUCUGAUAAAGAAGGUAUUUCUAUAAUGUGGAUCAGCAUUCCUUGAGGCUAUAAAAAACAUGUUAACGUAAAAAAACCCAGUAGGAUUGCUCUUCUGAGAGCAUGGAUUUAUGCAGCUUAGUUACCAUCAAGUACCAACUGCUGUCUUUUUAUUACAGAGAAAUAUAUAUAUAUAUAUAUAUAUAUUAUAUAAAUAUUACAGAGCUUUCUGGAUAACAAGCUUCUGGGCAGAAGAGCAGUAAAGAAAGCAUGUUUGAUUGAUGUGCCACGGUUGUACAGUAACUUGAGUUGACAUUAGACCAACACUUUUUAAACUUCAUAGGUUUAAGCCCACGCACACAGACAAGUGCAGUGCAAGGUUUCAUCAGGUUCUGACAAUGAUACAGUUAUGUAAAACAAAAAGCUUGCAGCCCACACUGAGCAAAUGACCCAAUAAAAAGAACCAACAUAAGCUUUCAAUUAUUUAUUUAGGCUCCUUUUAACUGAUAAUAAAGUAAAAGGUGUAUAUCUGUGUAUAUAAGCAUUAACCCCAAAUCUCAGUUAUACUGCCUCCAAACUACCCCCUUCUAACUCUUUUCACUGGUUUGCCACCCAUAUGCCCCUGAGGAGGAAAAACUAAAUUUUACUCAAAGGGGUUGCUUUUUCAUUCACAAAUGGCAGUGAGAUCUGAAUAUCAACAUAAAAUAGCUAAGCCUAAUGGAGCUAUGGCUGAAAUAUGUUCCAUGUGCCAUCAGCCUAACAUUGCCUUUAACAAACCUAGGUAUGAAGCUUUGAAGAGGGGGCAAUCUGUUUUACUUUAGUCUCCAUUGUUAAUAUCUCCAAUAUCCAUACCUCUUUAAAAGCAUUUAAGGGGCAAGAUAUGCUCGGCAAUGCAUGUAUACAUUUGGUUUAUAUCUAAUUAAUUUGUCAAAUUUAUUAUAAUGUCAUAAUGUAAUCAAAAUAUACAAUAAAUUGUACAUUUAAAAAAAGUCAAUAAAACAUUAGGUAAAUGUUACUGAUAAA